AGACAGUGUUCGUCCGGCAGAAGUGGUAACAAGUCCAAUUCAACUUUUCGUUCCGUUUCUAAUCUAAUUGGCUCAGUAAACAUGAAUAAAGUUAUCCGUAAAAUCAUAUCCACUUCCAAGUGCCCUAAGCCUUUGGCUCCCUACAGUCAAGCGAUUGUAGCUGAUCGAACCAUUUACUGUUCCGGAGUUAUCGGAAUGGAGCUGGCGGAACCAAAACUGGUUGAAGGAGGAGCAGCAGCUCAAACGGCCAAGGCGUUGGAACAUCUCAAAAAUCUACUCCAGGAAGCCGGCUCCGGUAUCGAUAGGGUUGUCAAGACGACCGUUUUGCUAGCUGAUAUGAACGAUUAUGCUGUAGUGAAUGAGGAGUACAAGAAAGUUUUUAGCAACAACUUUCCGGCCCGGACUUGUUAUGCCGUGACAAAAUUGCCACUUGGAGCUGCUGUAGAAAUUGAAGCCGUUGCCAUCGUUGGAGAAGUUGAACAUCAGCUAAGUUAAUUUUGGAAAUAAAUAAAUAAAUUAACUUCAAACAUAGGUA